AUGAAGGGCCCGCAGAGCGAUUCCGCAGUUCACAAACAGACUCGCAGGAAACCUGUCAAAUCUUGUGCAUUCUGUCGCCAACGGAAGCUCAAGUGUGACCACCAGAGACCCCUGUGUUCAUCUUGCCGCGCCCGCGGACUGUCUUCCUGUGUCUACGCUUUGAACAAGUUCGAGGACUGUGCGGGGCCCGUAACGCCAGACCCAGUUCCUUCAAAUGUACCAGAAUUGCUCGAUAACUCGCGUAUCGUGGCUAGUCUGCUCAGACAGGUCACUUCCCUGCAAGAACAACUCGCAGAGAAGAAUAGACUGUUGGAUUACGGUAGUGGGAGUGCGGGGAGCCACACGGCGGAUAACUCCCCCCAGGGGAUUGUUUCCAAACCUUGGAACCCACUCAACAAGUUCUACUAUUUCCAAUGCAAGGGGUCCGGACGCAGAAUACUGUAUGGCCCGACUUCUUUCCGUACCAAUUUGCACAAUCAUCGGUUUGGAUUUGGGGAGAAAUACGAGCAAAUCUGGGCAAAGAUUAAAGUGGAGCGUAACAAGUGGAAACAGUCGCACCCGGGCUCAUCCUCUUUACAGGAACUACUCAACAUAGAGGAUGAACAUACACCGAACACGAGGUCCCUGAUUCAGGAGGUAUGUGCGAGUCUGCCCUCCUUUGAGACAUGCGUGGACCUCAUUAACACAUUCUUCGACCCGGUGUACUCCCAAUUGUUUCUCGUAAACAAGGUGCUCGACAAGCAUAAGAUCAUGCACGACUUCCACAGCUCUUUCAUUCCGACAAAUGAGGAACUGCUACCGGACGGCGGGAGGAGGAUCGUAUUUCUCGUGCCCUCUACCAAGAAAAACUACUACAAAAUCGGUGUCAUCCUCAUGAUCUUAUCCUGGAACUUGUUCCAUAGAGAUACCCCCACGGCAAUUACUAAAUUUAUAGUGUACUUGACGGGCCAAUCGACUGGGAAAACGUUUUUCAUCGAAAGGGCACAGUUACUCUUCCUAAGUUCCUACUAUUUCAAAACUUUUGUUCAAAACGUCGACGAUACACACACGAUCAACACAAUCAGUUUGCUUGUCUCCACUGCAUUGUCACUGGGGCUCGAUCGCGAUAUCGCGCUCAUUUACAAAGGUCAGGAAAAUGUCGUUGGGAGUAUCAAAUCGUUGCGGAACCUUUGGUACAGUAUCGUGUUUCUAGACUUGGAAUCCUCCUUCAGACUAGGGAGACCGUUGAUGCUGUCCCAUAUUGACCUGGAUUACGAAACGGCAGAAACCGCAGAGGUCGAAGACGACGAUUACAUAGAGAAGUUGAAGAAGUUUAUCAAACUGACAAGACCGUUCCAAAGACAAGCCAUGGCGAAACGCGGUAUCCCUCAAUUAGAAAUGUUCUGCGACAAGAUUAUCGAUUUUGUAGAGACGUGCUUGCCACCAGUCGGGGACUUCCUCAACAAGAAGAAAUUCAAUAACAUUUCGUUCUACGAUGUCCAGAUCCUCUCCUUAGCCCUUGAAAUGAUCAUGGGAUUCAAUAAUCUGAGGUUUUCCGUGAUGGAGGAGCUUUGCCCACAGGUAAAGGCGACCAACUUGCAAAGUGGGAUGUACACUUUUGCAUUGCUAAAGGCAUUGGGGGACAGGUGCUUCGAGCUAGACCAAAAAUACUUCCCGCAGAUGAUUGGAGACGGUUACAAGUACCUCCCACCGUACCUCACUUUGCUCACCAAUCUUUCAGGCGGCCUGUUCGCCCGCACAACGUCCAUCAUCUCGGCAAUCCUUUACUGUCACUUAACAAUGUUCGAGAACAACGACUUUAUAUUCGUCAAAAAUGUCAAUAAGUUCAAGUGGGAUCUGUCCACUCUGAAACCUCCAAAGAGAAUGCUAAAGGUGCCACUUCUAGCCGCGAUCAACAAGUACAAAGAAAUCUCGGACGCAUGGAUGAAUCCAAAGGACGAAGUAAAAAGACAAAUCGGGAUGAGGUCGUACGGUUUUGUAAUCACAAAGCACAUGUACUUCACAGUCAGAACCGUCCUCGAUAAAGCGUUGGAGUACAGGAAAAUGGCAGAAAAUUCUUGGGCCUCACAGUUGAAUGCCAACCCAGACCAUAGCGCCGUACAAACGAGAGAGAUGUCGCCAUCGCCGGCAAACCAGACAGAGCAAGGGGUCGAACCGCCUGUAUCAUACCGCUUCCACUCCCCAGAACUGGAUCUUCUGCUGACAAACCAGAUGCAGAACGAUUUGGCCUCAAUAGAUGGUAGUACUAGUGGUUCCGACACUGUCCAGGUAAAAGGAUUGUGUACGGAGAAGGAAGCGGAGAUGUUACAAAUGAUUACAGAUGAGUUUUGGCAGAGUUACAACUCAGGAUGGGAGGAACUAGUAAACAACCCAGGGACCAUACCGCUGCUUGAUAGCAACUAA